CGGCGGCACCCGCACCAGGCCCAGCUAGCGGGGACUUCGAACCUCUCCUCCCCUGCGCACCCCAGGCCCGGGGCACCAGGCAGGAGACCCCAGCGCGCAGACCGCUGGGCGCCGGGACAGCGACGACUGCGGCCCGAAGUCCGAGGCCCGGGCGCCCCCCACCCUGGAGCAGGGCGAGGCAGUCCGGGCUGCGGACGGCGGCGCGGCGUUGCUAGGAGACGCCGGUGAACUCUCACUUCCCGGCGCCUGGCGCCUCUGUCCACCGCAGCCAGGAUGCCGACGAGGCGCUGGGCCCCCGGCACCCAGUGCAUCACCAAGUGCGAGCACUCGCGCCCCAAGCCCGGGGAGCUGGCCUUCCGCAAGGGCGACGUGGUCACCAUCCUGGAGGCCUGCGAGAACAAGAGCUGGUACCGUGCCAAGCACCACGGGAGUGGCCAGGAGGGGCUGCUGGCGGCGGGCGCGCUGCGGGAGCGCGAGGCCCUCUCCGCGGACCCCAAGCUCAGCCUCAUGCCGUGGUUCCACGGGAAGAUCUCGGGCCAGGAGGCCGUGCAGCAGCUGCAGCCGCCCGAGGACGGGCUGUUCCUGGUGCGCGAAUCUGCGCGACACCCGGGCGACUACGUGCUCUGCGUCAGCUUCGGCCACGACGUCAUCCACUACCGCGUGCUGCAUCGCGACGGCCACCUGACCAUCGACGAGGCCGUGUGCUUCUGCAACCUCAUGGACAUGGUGGAGCACUACAGCAAGGAUAAGGGACCCAUCUGCACCAAGCUGGUGAAGCCCAAGAGGAAGCAGGGGACCAAGUCGGCGGAAGAGGAGCUGGCCAAGGCUGGCUGGCUCCUGGACCUGCAGCACCUGACACUGGGCGGCCCCAUCGGAGAGGGGGAGUUUGGAGCCGUCCUGCAGGGCGAGUACCUGGGGCAGAAGGUGGCCGUGAAGAACAUCAAGUGCGACGUGACGGCCCAGGCCUUCCUGGACGAGACGGCGGUGAUGACGAAGCUGCAGCACCGGAACCUGGUGCGGCUGCUGGGCGUCAUCCUGCACCAGGGCCUGUACAUCGUCAUGGAGAACGUGACCAAGGGCAACCUGGUGAACUUCCUGCGCACGCGGGGCCGCGCCCUGGUCCCCGCCACUCAGCUGCUGCAGUUUUCGCUGCACGUGGCUGAGGGGAUGGAGUAUCUGGAGAGCAAGAAGCUGGUCCACCGCGACCUGGCCGCUCGCAACAUCCUGGUGUCCGAGGACCUGGUGGCCAAGGUCAGCGACUUCGGCCUGGCCAAAGCCGAGCGCAAGGGCCUGGACGCGAGCCGGCUGCCGGUCAAGUGGACGGCGCCCGAGGCGCUCAAGCACGGGAAGUUCUCCAGCAAGUCAGACGUCUGGAGUUUCGGGGUGCUCCUGUGGGAAGUCUUCUCCUACGGAAGGGCCCCGUACCCCAAGAUGUCGCUGAAGGAGGUGUCGGAGGCGGUGGAGCAGGGCUACCGCAUGGAGCCCCCCGAGGGCUGCCCGGGCCCGGUGCUGGCGCUCAUGGGCAGCUGCUGGGAGGCGGAGCCCGCGCGCCGGCCGCCCUUCCGCAAGGUGGCGGAGAAGCUGGCGCGGGAGGUGCGCAGCGCGGCCACCUCGGCCCCCGGCGGGGCCCAGGACGGCGACGGCUCGUGCUCGCCCCGGAGCCAGGAGCCCUGAGCCCGGCCGGCCGGCGGCGACCACGGCCCGAGGACCAGGACCAGGACCGAGACCGAGCGCAGGCCGGCCGCAGGGCGACCACCGCGGAAAGCUGCGGCUCGGUGACCCCGGCGCGCCCCCACCCGGGGACCUCGCGCCCCGCGCGUUGGUGGCCGCUGUCCUGGGUCCCCUCCGGGCCGAGGCCACGGCGCCUCUCCAGCCGGCGGGCAGGGACUGUGGGUCUCGGGUCCCCUCCGGCCCGCACCCCCGUGUGGCCCACACUGGGCCCCCAGCACAGCGCCUGACCUGGAAGCCACCCAGCGCCACCGUGCAGACGCCGUGCCCUGGGGGUUCCUGGGGACCCCAACAGGGCUGGCCAUUCGAUGGGAGUCGAGUACCCCAACUCACCCAGCCCCCGCAAUGUGCCCCCCACCUGUCCCCUCCGCCCCUCACCCGUCCUCCUUGCUCAUCCCUACUGAGCAUGCAGUGUGUGUCUGGCCCUUCUGGGUGCCGGGCACCCCGAAACCCUGGUGGUACAGCCCAUAGGUGACACUGUGCUUGGACUGAGGCCGAAUGUCCAGGGAUGAAGCACCUGCCCGGUGACUCUGGGGACACACGGGUCGGGCCCCAGCAGGGGCACCCAAGCCUCCAUCCUGAGCCUCCGGCCGUGAGGGCUUUGCUGGCUGCAGGACUGCACUGCUCAGGGCAGAGGCCCCACGGGGCACCACUGGGCCCGACACCCCUGCUGGCACUCGGCAGCCCCAGAGGUCCAAAAGGCCCUUCCCAAGGGUGUGACCGGCCGGGCCAGCCGCAGCGGUCUCAGCCUGGUCUGUCACUGUAACAGCCCCCAAGGCAGCCAGGAAACAACUGCCCACAGGGCUCCAGGAUGGAGAGCAGGACGCCAGUCGGUGGGGGAGGGGGAUGAUCAGAGGGGUGCGCUGGCGGUGGGGGCACAAGGGGCCAGCCCUGGUGGCCCCAGCUGUGAUCCCAGCACUCGGGAGGCUGAGGCAGGACCACUGGGAGUUUGAGACCAGCCUGGGCUGCAAAGUGAGCUCAAGGCCAGCCUGAGCCGUACAGAGAGACCCUGCCUCAAAAAGACAAAAACAAAACAAAGAUUUCCCAGUUGCACUGACCUCCCACGUACCCUCUGGGAGCCCCAUCCAUCCUCUAGCCUCAGUUUCCCCACCAGCACCCAGAAGGAUCUACUGGUUCUCUGGGAAGGGUCAGAGGGGCUGUGUAGCCUGGCUUCACCCCCAGUCCCCACUUAAGCUGACCCACCAGGGAAGGGCAGCCCUGUGGCCUGCGGCCAGAGUUGCCCCAAUAUUUGCAAGACUUUGGGGACCACCUCUCCCGCGCCCAGCCUCUACCCUGCACUGCACAGAGCCUGGGGGGCCCUCAGGUACUGCCGCAGCCAGGGAAGGAGGCGGCCCCAGCCCCUGGCUCCGCCUCCCCAGGAGCCCUGCUCCCCCGGCAUCCCCAGCUGCUGUCCCCAGCAGGCGUGGGCCCGGGACCCCAGCUCGCCAGGGAGGCUGAGGCCGAGGGUUCCCCGUCCCAGCCCAGCCUGCGCAAUCAGUGACUGAGAGCCUUCUCAGACUCAGAAGGCGCCCUGGGUGGAGCUGGGGGGGGUGGAGCCCCUGGGUCCCACCCCGAGUGCUGGGAGAAAGGAAACAGGAAGCAGGGAGGGAAGGCGGAAAGAACAAACAGGGGGGGGAAAGACAGGAAAGCAACUCUGCGGCCCGGCUCCUGAGCUUGCGUUUUGCAUCCGACAUGGUCUUCAUCUUAACUUCACCCUGGCUGUCCCACCUGGCCCCAGAGGGCCUGCCCUGCGGCUUUGGUCUGUUUUGUUCACUGUUGUGAAUGGUACCUGGAAAGCCAGUACUCAAUAAAUGUUUACUGAGCAAA